AUGGAAGCCCACUCCGCGGAGGAAUACAAUGAGCAUAUAGCCCCCUAUCAAGGUCGUACCUGGCCCGGGGCGAUUCUCAAGUUCUCUGUGGUGGACGAGACCCCCCACAAGUCACCCCGCGCAAGCUCGAGCAAUCGUACUAGCAUGAUCUCCACCUCCAGCCUCGACAGUGCCUGCACGGGUACCGAGGGCGCUAGUCAGAGUUCGGCGACCGUCGUCGACUGGACUGCGGCCAGCAUCCGCAGAAGGAAAGGCGACGAGCGUCGGUUGAUCAUUGACCGCCUGCGCGAACGGACGACGACACGUUCUACCGUCGGUCCCCUCUCACCGUCUUCUCCUUCGGGGCCGCCCUCCCCCGGUGCCUCCCCCACAAUAACAAUAUUGCCACCCAGUCCACCUCAAUCUCAGCCGACGCCAAGACCAUUACCUCCGAGGCCCGACAGGACCGACUCGCCUGCGACCGGGAGUAGCGUCAGGACUGUCAGGCCUUCUCUGUUCGAUCUGUUAUCUGAGGAGCCCUCGACCGUCGCUAGUGCGUCCACGGACAAGCCGCCGACGCGGUCUAUCUUCGACGUAUUCCAGACGGAAAUGAAUGCUACUGAUGCCUCGAAUUCUUCGACUCUGCCAAACACACAACGCAGUCAGUCCACUCGUGUUCAAGACUUCACAGCGGCACAAUCUGGAAAUGACAAUGAGCCGUUGUUUGUCAUUCCCCCUCCGCCUGUGAUGUGCCCCGUACACUGGUCCAACGUGCAGUCCGCACGGUCCUCUCUUGUGAUUCCGCCGCCGCCUGUGCUUUACCCGACUGCAUCAAGCAACACAUCUGCUGUGACCCCACUGGUGCCUACGAACAACAGAGACGAUAUCGUGAUGGACUCUCCCUCGAGCGAGUUGGGCCCAGGCACCCUUCAAGCAUCUCGGUCUGAUGGGGCGCAGCACCCCGAGUCAUCGCGGCAGUCCGCGCAGCAUCAAGCUUCGGGCCCCGGGGGCACACGCAAUCCCGUCGCUACGCUGCAGGCAACUCCUGCCAACGUUUCUUCGCAAGGUCAUUCGGUCAAUUGCUGUUCGGUGUCGCGGACCAAGGCUGAGAUCGAAACGAUUAUCGAUAACGUCAUGGUCAAUAUUGAGCGUACAAUGAAGAGGUCCUUUGGAGAUGGGUGGGAGUAUCGCAGGCCGUCCGCGCACGGACCUGGCUGCGGCCGAGCAAAUUCGAGCUCUUGCGGCCCACGGCGCAGCCAGGGAAAUGAUACGUCUGUUCUGCAUGCUCGUACUUCAAUAGCCCCCGGCUACCAUCGGCAUAAUGACCUCUCUAUGCCCCCCUCACCUGGUAAGACGUGGGCAAGUGGGCAGUCCGACUUUGGUUGGGGCUCACCACAAGUGAGGUCGCCUUUCCCUCAGCCCCCGUGCUCUCUCUUUGUACCUCCGCCGCCUCAAUUCCAGAUUCCUCCAGAGGGCUUUAUGCCCUAUAUGCCACCUCCGCAUUUCGCAGUCCCACCACCGCCUCCCCUGCCGUCGUUUGUGUCUCCCGCGCCCGGUUGGACUACCUCGUGGACUCCCCAGCGUGAUUUUGACUACUGUUCGUCAUGCAUCUGCAAGUCUCGUGCAUACGAGGUGCAUGAUCCUACGCAUCACUUCUUCCCUAUUUCCAGACCAGGGUCUAUCGACGCCUACUACCGUGCCCGCCAGCGCCUGGUGAAUGCUCGCUUGUCCGAAACGCAGGCUCAAUCCACAUCUGCAAGUCCUCCGCGAGAACCUAUGUCUCCCAUACGCGUUCCCACCGGACAGACAAGCGGGGAUCUUCCAGUUCAUCGCAACGUAUUCUGCGAUAACUGUCAUGACCAGGUUGUCGGGAUUAGACACAAGUGUCUGGAUUGUCCCGACUAUGACCUGUGCAGUUCGUGCAUCGCACAGCCCGGUCUGCUCGCUACGCAUGGUCCUCGACACCAAUUCUUCGAGAUCGACCGCCCGGGUGAAGUGAUUGUGCACACCGUCUUUUCUGAUAACGACGAGGUCGGCGCCCCUCGUUCCCCGUCUCCUGUAGAGUCUAUGGAGCCUGUGGUUAUACGGGCUCCCUCGCCAAUCAUUCACCAAGCCAAAUGCAACCUUUGCGACUCGAGGAUCCAGGGAGACCGCUACAAAUGCAUGAACUGCCCUGACUUCGACACGUGCUCCUCGUGUUUCCAAAUUACUGCAGAGCAACACCCUGACCACGGCUUUGUGAAGAUCGAAAGACCUGACAAUCUCAUAGUCCGCAACGCACUGGGUUCGAAUGUAAUUCAUGGCGCUGUUUGCAAUGUUUGCCGGAAUCAGAUCGUUGGCAUCCGUUACAAGUGCAUGCAUUCUUCUUGUCUGGACUUCGACCUCUGUCAAUCCUGUGAGGCCCUUCCAUUCCCCGUGCAUCCGCCUGCACAUCCGUUCCUGAAGAUGAGAAAGCCGGACGCUACAAUCCCCGCUGUCCGGAGACCGGAAGCUGCGCAGCCGGCUAUGCAUGACCUGUUGGACCAGCUCGAGCGUACGAUGCCAUCCGAGUCGGGGCGAGAAUGUAGUUUGGUGGAAGAACUCAUGGCGACUGAGGAAUGCCGCAGGAAUCCCGUAACCAUCCAAGCUUACUCGAGCAACAAGCCUGAUGUCGCGGAUAGUACAUGGAUGAACACCUCAACCUCACUCAUUCCGGAGGACGUCGAAAGCCAUGAACGUUCGGAGGGUGUGUCGGACGAGUCGAUAACACGUACUUCAAGCCUGGCCCCCACCGCGAUAGACUUUCCUACCAGUUUCCCAGAUCUCACUCCGUUGGAAUCAUUGAACAACAACCACUGGGACGAAGGGGUACGGCCUACAUCUCUGCUGGGAAAUGUGGCCAUUGCGGAUUCCACGCUUCUUGGACGAUUGGUGAACGACGUUAUCUCUACUCCUACCGCAGAACCGGAGGUUGUGGCAUCAUCACCUCUGACCGUUCCUAUGGCGCUGGAACAAUCGGUGUCUCCCGUCGGGCAGCCGCACGUCACAGAGGCUGAGGAGCGUCUAAUUGAUUACGGCGAGACGAAUACUGAGAAGGAUCAACGCAUCGAGGGGGAGUCCACGCUUGGAGGACUAACGACACCAUCUACUACCUCCUCCACUUCCAUUCCCCGGCUUGGACCUGUGAAUAACGAAUGGCGCGAACUCUGGCCAGAGCUGACGUCUAUGCUGAAACAUCUCCUCCAGCCGACCACGCCUACUGGAACACCGAAUGCCGCUAUGACUGUGGAGGAGGAAAUGAUGCCGGGUGCGAUGAUUGUUGAGCAGCCCAAGGCCGCCGAGGAGCAAGAUAUUUCCAAGGCCGUCGAGGAGUCGCCUCUGGUUGGCGAGCCGCUCUUGUGUAGGCCCCUCGGGGCCCGCGUCGGGGAAAGGCCUCUGCACGCUGUGUUCGACGAAACGGUCUAUCGUAGCUCGUCCAACACUGUCCCGGUCAGCGAACAGUCCAGGAACUCGAUUUUCAGCGUGGUCUCGAGCACGACGCUGCCAGCAAGGGAGCCCUCUCCUGAGCCAGUUCCGCAGCCGCUGCUCGCUAGUUUUGUGUCAGACAACAACAUUCCCGACGGCCAGAUUUUUCCGCCUGGAGCCGAGUUCGUCAAGGCGUGGAAGAUGCUCAACAAUGGCAGGACGGAGUGGCCGGAGUCCACGGAACUGGUGUACGUAGCUGGCGAUCGGCUGGCGCCGUAUGAGGCCGCAUCGCGUCGGGCUCAUGUGGGCACUGUGAAAGCUGGUGUGGAGGUCGAGAUCGUGGCUGGCGAAAUGAAGGCUCCUGAGAUUCCGGGACGAUAUGUGAGCUACUGGCGGCUCAGUGAUGGUGAAGGCAACCAGUUUGGACAUAGCAUUUGGGUUGACAUAACCGUCGCUGAGAUGACGAGGGCAAUGUCUGCGCUGUCGAAUGACGAUCACUCACUGGCGUCCUCGUCUAUCAUCAUGCCGCAGCCUGCGGAGGGUGCGAGCGCCGGACUACCCACCGUAGUUGACGAGCACUUCGCCACUGCUGAUUCUGCGCCUACUGUGUCAGCUACCCUGCCCUCCAGCCCGCCGUCGGAGGAUGGCUCGUUUGACUCGUCAAUCUCUCUAGUGGACGCACCGGAUUCACCCUUGUCUGACGACGAGGAGGAAAUGUAUGAAGACAGCAGAUCGCACAUGGUGGCCGCGCCCAAUGCCCGUGUCCAGGAUCCUGAUUACGUGCUCCUGUACGACAGCGCCUCGUCCGAAGACGAUUGAAGUGAAACGGAAUAGCAUUCAUUGGUGACACUGUAUAUCAUCGAACCUCUCGCUCCUUCACUAUUUCUUAUCUUGGUCGCAGUAAACGCGCAUGCCUGAUGUAUAUUAGAAUUGGAUGCUCAAAUGGAUGUGCGUACAUUUGUCGGUUACCA